AUGGCGGAUGUCCAGCAUCUGCGUCACCCUAUUCUAUGCCCGCCAACAAGAGGCCCUGGAGGGAGCAUAGUGCUGAUCCACAUCACAAAUCACACUUCGCUGGUCCAGAUUGUCUGCUCAGUGGCGGAGAAAGGCAAAGGCCUCAGGAAGGAGGCAGAGGCUGAUGGCUAUGGCGGAGAGGGCCCAUCGCCCCUCCUCCCACUCCCCGGCGCCCGCCCCAGCAGACCCGAAUGCCACCAACAAUGCUGGUAA